UUCUAACUUUCAUUCUCUCAAGCAAAUUUGGGAGGCAAAGGCAAAUUAUUUUUUUUAUUUUUUAUUUUUAAAUGUUUUCACUGAUGCAAUCAUAUCCAAAAAUAUUCCAAUUGACUUACUUGACGCCAUUGAAAUCUAAUUUUUUACAUUUUUUGAAUCUUCAACAAGCUCCAAGGAUUCAUUUUUACUAUAAAACUCCAGCUCCGUUCAGGUACUUUGCAGCAUCAAAGAUGGAGAAAAAGCAAUGGCAGAAGCAUUUCUUCCCUCUCCUUUUAACAAUCUUCUUCUUCUCUACGUUUCCUUACAAAACCUCUCUUGCAUUACAAGACGAUUACAUUCGACAGCCUCCUGGAAAAGUUGUCGUGACUCCACAUCACCGUUCCCAAUCAGACCCUCAACAGGUACAUAUUUCUCUUGUAGGCAAAGAUUACAUGAGAAUCACUUGGAUUACAGAGGAUAAAGGUGUGCCAUCAAAGGUAGACUAUGGGAAGAUUUCCGGAAAAUAUAAUGCCAUGGCCGAAGGAGAGCAUACUUCGUAUCAUUACUUCUUUUACAGUUCCGGGAAGAUACAUCAUGUUACGAUUGGACCCUUGGAGCCAGGAACAACUUAUUACUAUAGGUGUGGUGGCCAUGGCCCUGAAUUUUCCUUCAAGACACCUCCACCAACUUUUCCGAUUGAAUUUGUUGUGGUUGGCGAUCUUGGACAGACAGAAUGGACUGCAUCAACUUUAGCACAUGUUGAUAGCAAGGACUACGAUGUAUUCCUGUUACCAGGUGACCUAUCUUAUGCAGAUGCACAACAACCGCUAUGGGACUCAUUUGGCCGCCUGGUCGAGCCAUAUGCUAGCCGCCGUCCCUGGAUGGUCACGGAAGGGAACCAUGAGAUCGAGAUUUUCCCAAUAAUCUACCCUCAUGGUUUCCAAGCCUACAAUGCUCGUUGGCUAAUGCCAUAUGAAGAAAGUGGAUCGACUUCAAAUUUGUAUUAUUCAUUUGAUGUCGCUGGUUCCCAUAUAAUAAUGUUAGGGUCUUACACCGAUUUUGAUGAGAAUUCAGACCAAUACAAGUGGCUUGAAGCUGAUUUGGCUAAGGUUGAUAGGGAGAAGACGCCAUGGGUUAUAAUGCUUUUGCAUGCACCAUGGUAUAAUACUAACUCGGCUCAUAAAGGAGAAGGAGAAAGCAUGAGAAAAGCUAUGGAAGAUUUGUUGUAUGAGGCAAGAGUUGAUGUUGUUUUUGCUGGCCAUGUUCAUGCAUAUGAACGAUUUACUAGGAUUUACAACAAGAAGGCUGACCCAUGUGGGCCGAUCUAUAUAACCAUUGGUGAUGGAGGGAACCGAGAAGGACUUGCACUCACGUUUGAGAAUCCUCCUUCAGAACUUUCGCUUUACAGGGAGCCAAGCUUUGGACAUGGUCGGUUAAGGGUGAUAGACGAAACGAGAGCACACUGGUCAUGGCACCGCAACAAUGAUUCUGAUGCAUAUGUUGCGGACGAGGUUUGGCUAGAAAGUUUAACCACAAGCGAAUCAUGUUGGACAAAUACAGAAGACAGAUCAGAUGAUUCAAAGGUUAACAAAGAUGAGCUAUAAUCUAAGAUUAGAUUUGAUAAUUCCUAUAUUCGUGUCAUGUAAAAUAUUAAA